AUGUCAGUUCAGGACCCAUCCCCCAUGCCCCUCCCCGCCGCGGCGCGACCCAAGCGCACGUCCUCCGCGCCGAUCCGGCCCUCCGACUACGCGCACAGCCCGGCGCACCACUGCGUCGCGCUGCGGGACGCCGCCGGCCUCUCCGCCAUCCUCGCCGGCCUCCCGCCCCUCGCCCACCCCUCCCGCAUCCUCUCCGCCGCGCCGUCGGACACUUACCGGAUAUGGAAGCGCGGCGCCAACCUGCGUGCGGACACCACCCUCGCCGGCUUCGACGGCCUCCGCAUUCGGCGGGCUGACCACUCUUUCCUCUUUUUCGGGGAGGAGACUGAGGCCGGCGGCCGCCGCCUCCCCCCGGGAUCGCUCCUUGUGCUCCACCGCGGCAAGCGCGAGGUGCAUGACGCGUUCGCCGCCGCCGCCGCCGCCGGGGACGAGGAUGCGGCCACCUCCGACGCGGCCGCCUACCGGCCGGGGCUCAACAUCACCUCCGCGAGGCUCGUUCCGAGGACCACGUGGCUGCGCAAGGAGAAGACGGAGAGCGUUGGGGAGUGGAAGGCGCGGGUGUUCGACGUCCACAACGUCGUCUUCUCCUUCCGCACGCUCAAGGCAGCCAGCACCGGUCGCAAGGAUUUGACCUUCGAGCUUGCCGGAGAAGACGACGAGGAGUUCUUGCCGCUGGAGAUCCGGGAUGACGACGAGGACGGCGAUUUCUUAGUCGCCGACAUCCCCCCGCCCCCGCCACGGCGCAGCUGCUACGUGCCUGGCCGGCGCAGCGUGGCAGGACCACCCUCGCAUAUGGGGACGCCGCAGAGGAGGAGGAACAGCGUGGACGUGCCGCGACGGCUGCCAACCUGUGCAUCGGUGGGCCGCGGCGAGGAUGGCGUGUUCAGCCGGAACGCGACGACCGGGGGAGCCAAGUGGAAGGAGGAGGAGACGGUGAAGACACUGCGGCCCACCGUGUGGCUCACAGAGGACUUCCCGCUGAGCGUCGACGAGUUCUUGCCCCUGCUGGACAUCUUGGCUACCCGUGUGCGCGCCGUCCGCCGCCUCCGUGAGCUGCUCACCACCAAGUUCCCGACUGGGACAUUCCCUGUGAAGGUUGCGAUCCCUGUUGUUCCGACUGUGAGGGUAGUCAUCACCUUCAACAAGUUUGUUCCCCUGGUAGAGCCAGAGGAGUUCUUCACGCCGAUGUCGAGCCCCAGCCUGCUGGCGAGCCCAGGUCCGGGGUCCAUCAUGCCUAAGCCAGACACCCACAAGAGCUCGUAUCUGAGGUGGACAUCCAAGAACUCGAGAGCAAAGCCAGUGAACCUGUCGCAGGUCGCGGACAACACCGACCCCUUCACCAUCCCCAGCGACUACACCUGGGUAAACCUGGGUUCCACCAAGACCCAGGACAAGAAGUCAUCCAAGACCAGUAAAAAGGGCAAGAGCAAAGAGACCUGA